AUGGAUUUCGGUUGUAACGACAAGGACUCUGGCGAAGUGGAGUGCUACCUAGAAAUACAUUACGAUACGAGUACCACUUGUGCUAUCACAAUACAAAUGCCAAACCCCGAAGCUGCAGGAUGUGUAGAGAGAUUAGCCGCAAUCCUGUCCUUCUUAUUAGUCAUCGUCACUUUUCCCUUUUCACUGCUCGAGUGCUUUAAGGUAGUUCAAGAGUUCGAAAGGGCGGUCAUAUUUCGCCUAGGGCGACUAAGGAAAGGUGGUGCCAGAGGACCAGGAUUGUUCUUCGUACUGCCAUGCAUCGAUACUUACAGAAAAGUGGACUUGAGGACAGUUUCUUUCGAUGUUCCACCGCAAGAAGUAUUAACAAGAGACUCCGUAACAGUUUCCGUAGACGCUGUAGUUUAUUACAGAAUUAAGGAUCCUCUAAACGCUGUCGUAAAAGUAGCUGACUACAGUGCCUCAACCCGACUUCUAGCAGCUACAACACUUCGCAACGUGCUGGGCAUGCGAGAUUUGGCACAGCUCCUCUCCGAUAGAGAAGCCAUCAGCCAUAUGAUGCAAGCCAACUUGGACGUGGCCACAGAUCCUUGGGGCGUGGAGGUGGAGAGAGUAGAAAUAAAAGACGUAAGACUGCCAGUCCAACUGCAAAGAGCAAUGGCAGCGGAAGCUGAAGCCGAUAGAGAAGCGAGAGCCAAGAUCAUUGCAGCUGAAGGAGAGAUCAAAGCGUCCAGGGCUUUAAGAGAAGCAUCGCUCAUUAUGAUUGAUAAUCCUAUGGCUUUACAAUUGCGCUACCUGCAAUCCUUAAAUACAAUAUCAGCGGAGAAGAACUCUACGAUAAUAUUUCCAUUCCCCAUGGACUUUCUUAAGACUUUUAUGGGGGGAGCUGGAACUAGCAAUUCAACGCCUUUACCGUCGAUGACUUUACCUAUUUAAUAUUAAAUAAUGUAUAUUACGUAUAAGUAACGCACAAAAGUGUCUAGUCAAAUAUGUUAUAGUUAUUUAUACACAUCAGUGCCCACGUAAGCGCUGACAAAACUUUUGAUAUCAAUGUUUGUGUCACAGUAUCUUCAUUCAUUUCAAGAAUGAAAUCUAACUAGUCAGUUUUCAAAUGCCACUUGUAGACUCAACAGCACGCUGGACUGUAGACAUCGAACCAUUAUUAUCUUAAAUGUUGCAUAGAGUUUAAUUUAAAACUUUAAGUUAGUUGGUUAGCACACAGUUAACAUCAUACACAUGAAAAUAAAGAA